GACAAAUUCUCCGGAACGCGUGGAUUCGGCAAUGCGGCACUUGAUAAGGAAGGUGCCAUUCGCGAUACUGUGUUGUACCGAUUACUGUCAAAAUGGUAGAAAAAGAACAAACUAAAAAAGAUAUAAAAGAGUUAACGAAAAAUGAUAAGUAUUCAAUUUUACUUCCGACGUACAAUGAAAUUGAAAAUUUACCUAUAAUUAUUUGGCUUAUCGUCAAAUAUAUGGAUGAGAGCGAACUUGAUUAUGAAAUAAUCGUAAUCGACGAUGGCUCUCCUGAUGGAACAUUGGAUAUGGCAAAACAGUUGCAAGGUUUGUAUGGUGAAAAUAAAAUAAUAUUGAGACCAAGAGAGAAGAAGCUUGGACUUGGAACAGCUUAUAUUCAUGGAAUUAAACAUGCCACAGGAAAUUUCAUUGUCAUCAUGGAUUCUGACCUAUCUCAUCAUCCUAAAUUCAUACCCAAAAUGGUGGAACAACAGAGGUACCUUGAUCUAGAUAUUGUUAGUGGUACAAGGUAUGCUCAUGAUGGAGGAGUUUAUGGUUGGGACUUUAAAAGAAAAUUGAUAAGCAGAGGUGCAAACUUCUUGACGCAAAUCCUUCUAAGGCCGGGUGCCAGUGAUCUUACAGGAAGUUUCAGAUUAUAUAAGAAAGACGUAUUGGAGAAAUUAAUUAAGUCCUGUGUAUCCAAAGGAUAUGUAUUCCAAAUGGAAAUGAUAGUCAGAGCUAGACAGUUCAAAUAUACCAUAGGAGAAGUACCAAUCUCAUUUGUAGAUCGUCUUUAUGGUGAAUCAAAAUUGGGUGGUUCAGAAAUCUUCCAAUUUGCAAAAGGUCUCCUAUAUCUUUUUGCUACUACAUAAUCUCAACUGUUAUUUAACAUCUCUGUACAUUCCU